AUGUUCAAUAACUUUAAGCGAAACAUGCGAAUAUUGAAUAAGGAUAUGGUGGAGACUUCUUGGCUGAAAUGUCUAAUUGACGAUAUUCCAAAGCAGAAGCACAUACUUAUUCUUUCAAGAUGUCUUGAUGGAGAACUCAAUAAUCUAAGCUCUUAGGAGGCGCUCAAGAAAAUCAUACUUAGGAUGCAGCACCCUCAAAAAACUAUCACUGCUCUUAAGUCCUACUAUUUGGUUCAUGUGCUUAGACAAUUUUUAGGCCCCUAUGUGACUGAUAAAACAAUUGAACUUUCGCAAAAGAGUGCUGCCGAUGCUGUACUCUAAAGUGUCGCAUUUCUCUAUUGUAGUUACCUUAAGAAUUUCUCUAACAAUUACGAAUAGAUCAACAUCCUGUAUAAAAUGCAUAGAUAACUUGAAGUUCUCAUUCUUAAGUUAGACGUGCCCAUAGUAAAGUGCAUAACCAUUAAAUUAAUAAUCGACAUCAUAUUCUUAUACGAAUCCCUAAAUAAAUAGGAUGACUAAGCCCAAAGGAUCAGAGCCAUUAAAUAAAUUAAAAGAUUUUUAGAGAUUAGGAAAUUGCUCGAGCUUCCUGAUGAAUUGCUCUACAAACUCAAUACUCUCAAUUUCAACGAGAUCGACCAGAAAAUUACCUUUCAAAUACAACCUAUCGAAAAUAACUACUUUGAAAACAAGCCCAAGGUUCCUCACAGAGAAGCCUUAAAACUAGACAUGAAAUGCAUUAAUCAAAGGAAGCUCAGCACUUCUGCAAAUGAUUGGGAGGAUCAAUCUGAAUUUCAAAUUUAAUAAUAGCAAUUUCAUAAAAGUCUAUAGCCCAGUCCGAAUCGCAGAAGAACCGCUUCGCAAACUCCUAAUAGAACCACCUCAAUAAGGGAUAAUUUCUUUAUUCCAUCAUAAGGGCCUCUUUCCUUUAUUAUGAUGUCAUGA